AUGGAGCGGAAGAGGAAGUUGCCCCCAAGAGCCGCCGUUCGUCAAGAGCAGGCGGCCAAGAGACGAAGUGCGUCUCGACCAUCAUCAACACCGGCUGCUGCAGAACCGCCUCCUCGCGAACCGACACCGCCGCCGCCGCCCCCCCCUCCCCCUCCACCUCUGCCCAAGUCAAUCGAAGUCGGGAAGCCUCUCCCAACAGUCGAGGAGCCUCAGCCGACCAGCCUGUCUUGCAAAGAAUACCAGUCCGUGGCCGAGAGCGGCGUCAUGUCCGAAUCGCUCUCGAGAUCUCGGCACAAGUGGAUCAGCGAAGGCCUCUUUGAAAAGUUUUGGGCAAAACCACACAAACGCAAGGGCGUGUUGCAAGAGGACCCAAACAACCCACCAAAGGACAGCAUGAUGAAAGUCGGAUUGGUCACCCUCACUAUAGAGCCGCACAUCGUUGAGGCAACCAUGUAUGCCGUCAAAACGUCCAAGCUGCUGCCUCACCAGCAGCAAAGAUUUAAACCCUCGCCUCAGUCACCGGCCCCGGGACAGAUGGAUUCAACAAGUCAACCACAACAACCAUCAACCGCGCAGCCACCAGCACCACCACACGAACAACAAACACAACAUCAACCACACGCCAACAAUCCUUCAGCGCCGUCACAGCAGCCUGUCCUUGCACGCCCUGUUCUUCAAUAUGGUCCUCCAAAUGGAGCCAUGCUACCCCCGCCAGUUUCAACCAGUCCUGCUACCACUUCUUCGAAAUCAAUAGCAACACCAGCCAGUUCUACUCCCAGCUCUACGCCUGCUGAAAAUAUGCCCGUGUCCGCGCUCUCUGCAUCGGCGCCGCCUACAUCUGCUGCAUCCGUUGCACCAACGUCGUCCCCAGCCGUACCAGCGGCGCCGCCGGCCUCGUCGCCUGCACAAGGGGCAGAAUCAUCCGCUCAGGCCGCAGCAUCUUCCCGCCCGGGGCCUCUGAGUACUGCCGAAACUCCUCAAUCAUCUGUAUCACAGCUAGGACAACCACAGGCGCAGACGCAGGGGACAAUUGCUUUGAAUCCAACGCCUAUCCCAGCCCCCAAGCCACUACAACAUGCACAGCCGCCAACCACUGCUCCUCUUGCAGGCGCUGCACCUCGGCCACGAGCUUCUGCGACGCAAAGUCCCCAACUCGCAGGGACGCCUCAAGCUGCCUCUCCUACUCCUAAAACCCCCCUUAGACAUGAUGCCUCUAAUCUUGCGGCUGGAUCGCCUUCCGGUACCGCACCUCGCCCUGCUGGAGCUCCCAACCAAGGCCAACCGCCCGCGCUUGGCAGACCGGCACCGGCACCGGCACCGGCAGCAAAACCCGCAACGAAUGACCCUGUGAUUGCACUGCUUGCUCAGAAGGCCUCUGCGGAUCCUGGCCUCCGAGAUUUGAUGAAGAGAGUUGCAGUUGGGCAAGCAAACGAUGGGGAGUUGAAGAGGUUUCAAAAGAUAAUAGACCAGCUGAAUGCAGAAUAUCGACAACGAGGUGGCCAGCAAGGUCCGUCCGCCGACAGGCUACUCGUGGACGGUCGAACCGUAAAGUAUUUCGCUGAUGAGGUUCGCACUAUUUUGGAUAUCGUGCUCGCAUCAAACCCGAACCAGAAAUCAUCGGAACUUCGACCGCCCCCACGAAGUGAUCCGUUGGUGGUCCUCCUUGUAAAGACUGCCCUUGAAAAUCAGCGGAUCAAGGACAUGAUUCGCCGCAUUGCCGAAGGGAGACCCGGGUUCACCGAUGCCACUGAUUUGAAGCAAACUCUAGACCGGCUACAUCGAGAUGCGAAAAUAACACCCAAAGCGGCCACGACGCCAUCGCCCUCGCCCCUGGGACAGCCACCCGUAAAUGGGCCCCCGGCUACUCCCCAGCCGAAACCCCAAGCACCGCAAGGGGCGCAACAAGCAAAUCAGCAGAUGAGAUCAAAAGCACCGAGCCAUGCAAACCGACCCGACAUUUCGGCCGUAGUCUUCGAUUUUGGGUCAGGGGACAGGUAUUUGUUUCCCAAAUACAGCAUCUUGGAGUUUCUGCCGGCGCAGUCCGGGCAGCAGGUCGUCGCGUCCUUCCUGAUUGUUCGCAAAGGCAGCACGUCAGAGUACGGGGGUGACCCAAAGCUCGACUACUACCAGCCCGUCACGGUACGCCUGCAAACCACUACGGGACGACACUUGGAGAACCUGGCACGGGUCGUGGCGCCACAGAACGAGGUCCGCCGCUACAUGGACGACGUCAUGGACAACAUGACGCGAGCCGAGUACGUGUUGCUCGCCAUGAGGCUGCCCCGGGCCGAUUUUGACCCCGAAGAAGGCGUGCCUGCAGUGGAGGAAUCCAAAGCAAGCAGUCCGACGCCCAAGUCUGAACCCGAGACGGACCGCAACACGACACCAAAGCCAGGCGUAUUGUGGACCACGAGAUCCAGCAACAAGGCCGCCGUCACACCGGUGCCAGUAAAGCUUCAAGAUCCCGAACAAGAGGCGCAGUCCAAGUACGAGCGUCUGAUUCGAUCCGUGGCAGAGAAGGAAGUGGACGGCCUGUGA